AUGAGCGACGAAGUCUACGAGGGUGCCAUCGGCAUCGAUCUUGGCACCACCUACUCUUGCGUUGCCAACUACGAGGGCACCAAUGUCGAGAUCAUCGCCAACGAGCAGGGUAGCUUCACCACCCCCUCGUUCGUGUCCUUCACCAGCGAGGAGCGUCUCAUCGGUGAGGCAGCCAAGAACCAGGCUGCUAUGAACCCGGAGAACACCGUCUUCGAUGUCAAGCGUCUCAUUGGUCGCCGAUUCGAGGACGAGACCGUCACAAAGGACAUUAAGUCAUGGCCAUUCAAGGUCGUUGACCAGGGCGGCAGCCCUCUCGUCGAGGUUGAGUACCUCGGCGAGACCAAGCAGUUCUCUCCCCAGGAGAUCUCUGCCAUGGUUCUCGUCAAGAUGAAGGAGGUCGCUGAGACUAAGCUCGGAAAGAAGGUCGAGAAGGCCGUCAUCACCGUUCCCGCCUACUUCAACGACAACCAGCGUCAAGCCACCAAGGACGCCGGUGCCAUUGCUGGCCUCAACGUUCUCCGCAUCAUCAACGAGCCUACCGCCGCCGCUAUCGCUUACGGUCUCGGUUCCGGAAAGUCUGACAAGGAGAGGAACGUCCUCAUCUACGAUCUCGGUGGUGGUACUUUCGAUGUGUCUCUUCUCCACAUCCAGGGUGGUGUCUUCACCGUCAAGGCUACCGCUGGUGACACACAUUUGGGUGGACAGGACUUCGACACCAACCUCCUUGACCACUUCAAGAAGGAGUUCACAAAGAAGACUAAGAAGGACAUCAGCGGUGACGCCCGUGCCCUCCGUCGUCUCCGGACUGCUUGCGAGCGUGCCAAGCGUACCCUCUCCAACGCCACCCAGACCACUGUUGAGAUCGACUCGCUGUUCGACGGUGAGGACUUCAACGCCAACAUCACCCGUGCUCGUUUCGAGGACUUGAACCAGAAGGCCUUCGCUGGCACUCUGGACCCCGUUGCCCAGGUUCUCAAGGACGCCGCCAUCGCCAAGGACAAGGUUGACGAGAUCGUCCUUGUUGGUGGUUCCACCCGUAUUCCCAAGAUCCAGAAGCUCCUCAGCGACUACUUCAACGGAAAGAAGCUUGAGAAGAGCAUCAACCCCGAUGAGGCCGUUGCCUACGGUGCCGCCGUCCAGGCUGGUAUCCUCUCCGGAAAGGCCACCUCCGCCGAGACUGCCGACCUCCUCCUUCUCGAUGUCGUUCCCCUCUCCCUUGGUGUAGCCAUGGAGGGUAACAUCUUCGCCCCCGUCGUUCCCCGCGGUCAGACCGUCCCUUUCCCUGUCUUCCAGGGUGAGCGUGUCAACUGCGAGGACAACACCUCUCUCGGAGAGUUCACUUUGGCCCCGAUCCCGCCCAUGCGCGCUGGUGAGGCCGUCCUUGAGGUCGUCUUCGAGGUCGACGUCAACGGUAUCCUGAAGGUCACCGCCACCGAGAAGACCUCCGGCCGCAGCGCCAACAUCACCAUCUCCAACGCUGUCGGAAAGCUCUCAUCUGCCGACAUCGAGAACAUGAUCAACGACGCCCAGAAGUUCAAGUCCUCCGACGAGGCCUUCAGCAAGAAGUUCGAGUCAAGGCAACAGCUUGAGUCCUACAUCUCCCGCGUUGAGGAGAUGAUCUCCGACCCCACCACAUCCAUCCGCCUCAAGCGUGGCCAGAAGGAGAAGAUCGAGUCUGCUCUCUCUGACGCCAUGGCUCAGCUCGAGGUUGAGGACGCCCCCGCUGAUGACCUGAAGAAGAAGGAGCUUGCGCUCAAGCGCACUGUCACCAAGGCCUUCUCCACCCGAUAA